AUGGCCGCGACGGCCGCUCUUCUACGCGCCGCCGCCAUCGGCGGAAACAGGAUGCCACCCGUUGGCCUUGUCAACAACAAUCAAGGUAGGAUGGCAAAUCAGCCUCAGCAGAACAAGAUGCAGCAACAGAUGCACCUCCAGCAGCAGAUGAUGUUUCAGCAGUGGGAGCAGCAGCAGCGCCAUGUGCUCCUCAUGCUUCUGCAGCAGCAGCGACAACAAAACGCGCAGCUCUUGCAGCAAAUGGCGGCAGCCUCAACCCGCAACGCACCCUCCACCCCCGCUGCAGCUACCGCGCGCGCAGCAGCGUCGCAGCACAUUGGAAAGCCGAGCGCGGAAGCUCAGAAGGACAUUCCCACCUUCACCAUGCCGUCGACCGGAGUGAGCAAGGUUGCGAGCCCUGCGCCUGCUUCGGCCGAAGCUGGGGAGAAGCUUCAUCCCGGUUCGAUGGACGAAUUCGAGGCGUGGUUCAACCGCUGCUGCGGCGACGACGUUCCAGUCGGCCUGAGGAAGAAGCUGGAUGCCGCUGGUGCCGGUGGGGACACGGAGGGCGAGGAGACCGGCCAGGAGCUGAAGCGUAGCAGCAGCAUGAGCAGCGCUAGCAGCGGCAGCAGCGGCAGCUUCGACGAUGUUUACUUCGACACCCUGUCUUCUUCCGGUAGCAGUGCGUCCGGCGAUUCUGACGGCCAGGACGUGGAAGGAUGUGACGGCGCCGGCGAAUCUGACGGCGAGCAGCCGCUGCCGUCCGAGGAGGAGUUUGAAUGGCACCUGAUUAAUAAGCGAGGAAUAAGCGGCAGUGACGUGGGGCCGCUGGUGCCUAGGAAAGUGCGGGUGUCGCAGCAGCAGCGGCUGCCGCCGGUUGCUGCAUUCACCUUGUCAACUCCACCUUCACCUCCUCGUCAGGUUCUCUCGACCCUCUCUCCUUCACAUGGUCUCUCUGCGAGAGGGCUUCGCUGUUAG